UCGGUGUUUUAGUGAAUUCCCACCGAAACGUUUUCGAGUAGAAAUCAGCGGCCGUAUUGCCUGAAGGGACCAUUGAAAGAGUCAUCAGAUGGAACUACAAAGCCCAGAAUGCCAGUGUUUAGGUGCCCGUAUCGAGGGAAGGGACAAGGCUGGGUUUAAAUGGACAGGAUGUGGCUGGUGUUGCUGAGCAGAGGAGGAAGAGAUUGGAGCAGUGACCGGUUCUAGGAAGGACUUGUCACCCUUUACACUGUCUCCUGAACCAUGAGGGCGUGUUAGACGGACCUGCUGACAGACUGGUGGGGUGAGGUGGGGGUGAGAAAAAGUCCUUCUCAAAAAUGGGAGAGUUUGCAGAGUAGCUGAUGGUCAGGCGACUGUGACGCAAGCUGGAACCCUGCUCCAAACCUCCCAAACUUCAUCAACAUGGGUUUCACACUCAGGCUGUUGGCAUCCUUAACCUUCAGCUGGGUGUGUUUCCAUCUGGUGCUGGGAAUGACAGAUCAGGAAAAAGGGACAAUCAGGAACCAAGUUACUGAAAUGUUUGAGCAUGCAUACAGCAACUAUAUGGAACAUGCGUACCCUGCUGAUGAGUUGAUGCCACUGAGCUGUCGAGGAAGAGUUCGUGGAUUAGAGCCAAGUCGUGGUGAUGUUGAUGAUGCCUUAGGAAAGUUUUCACUCACUCUUAUUGAUACACUAGAUACACUUGUUGUACUAAACAAACUGGAUGAGUUUGAAGAUGCAGUGCGAAAAGUGAUACUGAAUGUCCAAUUCGAUAACAAUGUUGUGGUCUCAGUGUUUGAAACAAACAUCCGUGUGUUGGGUGGGUUGUUAGGAGGUCAUGUGAUGGCAACCAUGUUGAAAAGCCAUGGAAACAAGAUGACUUGGUAUAAAGAUGAACUUCUCCACAUGGCUAGAGAUGUAGGAUAUCGACUUUUGCCAGCUUUUAACACCACAAGCGGACUACCAUACCCAAGAGUCAAUCUGAAGUAUGGAAUCUUGAGCCCCCUGUCCCGAACGGGCACAGAAUCGGACACUUGUACAGCUUGUGCUGGAACCAUGAUUUUGGAAUUUGCAGCUCUCAGUCGCCUAACAGAUGAAUCUAUUUUUGAGGAAUAUGCACGGAGAGCAAUGGAUUUUCUGUGGGAUAAAAGACAGAGAGGCAGUGAUCUUGUGGGGACAGUGAUCAACAUCCACAAUGGUGACUGGAUCAGGCGGGACAGUGGAGUGGGUGCUGGAAUAGAUUCGUACUACGAAUAUCUGUUGAAGGCCUAUAUCCUGCUGGGAGAUGAUGUUUAUUUGGAGAGAUUUAAUACACAUUACGCAGCCAUUAUGAAGUACAUUAGUCAACCUCCCCUACUUCUUGAUGUCCAUAUGCAUAACCCUACAAUUAAUGCCAGAAAAUGGAUGGAUUCCCUUCUUGCCUUUUUUCCAGGCUUACAGGUACUAAAAGGGGACUUGCAACCUGCAAUAGAAACUCACGAAAUGUUGUACCAGGUUACGCAGCGACACAAAUUUCUACCAGAGGCUUUUACCACUGACUUUGCGGUCCAUUGGGCUCAACAUCCUUUAAGACCAGAGUUCAUUGAAAGUACUUAUUUCCUUUAUAAGGCCACCAAAGACCCUUAUUAUCUACACGUUGGUAAAUCAGUUGUCGACAGUUUAAACCAGCAUGCACGAGUGCCUUGUGGAUUUGCUGCUGUGCAAGAUGUCCGAACUGGCAAUCAUGAGGACAGGAUGGAUUCAUUCUUUCUGGCUGAGAUGUUCAAGUACCUAUAUUUGCUGUUUGCUGAUGAUAAUGAGUUGCCCUUUAACAUAGAUGACUAUGUUUUCACCACUGAGGCUCAUUUACUGCCUCUUGUCCUAGCCACAGUCUGUCAAACCUGUAGUAGAAAUAUAACGAGUGUGGAAUUGGAAAAGAAUGAAGGUAGUGUCCUUUCCCAUAUGUGCCCCAGUGCUCAAAGCUUGUUUCCUAAUAACCCGUCCUACGCACAGAAAAUAAGAGAGACCUACAGAGAUAUAGUUCUUGAUGCAAGCUCACGGACCUCCACAGAAAGGGACAAGUGUAUGGAACCCCAGCCUAAAUCAUUCCCUUCACUUCAGACAAAAGAUUUUGUUGCUAAUGGAAUGGAUCACGUGGAAAUCCUGAAACAAAUGGGGUUCACUGUAGUGUCAACAAAUGAUGGACGUAUCCAGCUAACACAUACGCCUGAUCAGGCUGCAAGUUCACAAAAUGGUCAGAAUGGCCUGAAGUUUAUUGCAGAAAUCAUUGACCUGGUUCAGGCUCAGACGAGGGGAGAGAUGACAUCGUUUGCUGUGCAGAUUAUAUCUCCCCCAUUUUUGGGACAAGUGGUUUUAGCUGCAGGCCCGGCUCAUUUUGGAAUGGACCUCAGUAAACAGGAACAUGGGGUUAAAGGUACCCUGAUAAAAGCCAUCCCCUACACUGCCUGCUUAGAUGUGGCAAACUCAGAUGAGGUCCAAGGUAAAAUUGUCCUAGCACAACGUGGAGACUGCAUGUUUGCAAUUAAGGCAAGGAAUUUGCAGAAGGUUGGAGCCAUUGGUGCUGUCAUUAUUGAUAAUGUGGAAGGCAGUAGCAGUGAUGCCUCCCCUGUAUUCCAGAUGGCUGGUGAUGGAGAGAACGCCAGUGAUAUCACCAUACCUCUCCUUUUCCUCUUUCACAAGGAAGGCACAAUCUUACUGGAUGCUUUGAAUGAAAACCAAAAUGUAGAUGUACUGUUAAUAGAUAAAUCCAAGCAGCUAGGGAAAGAAAGCAAAGAUGUGGAAAAAUCUACUGGAGAAAUAACAAUCCAUAUCCAAAUUGAGUCUGUAGAUGCCCAGAUUGCUCAACUAGAACUUGGCAUAAGUUCACAGAGCUGUCCAGGGCCAGAGUCAACAGAGCAUUCAGAUGAGAAUGCUGGCAGACUUGAAGAAGCCCAAAGUCAGGAAGUUGGUGAGCUUCCAUCUGAUGCAGAACAGGAAGCGAUUGAAGACUACACAUCUGUACCAUUGGACUUUAAGGAAGAAGUGGAUACUUCUGAAGAAACCGACAAGGAUGAGCUAUAAAUACUGGUUUCUUUCAAAACAAAGUUGCAUUUUGUUUAACUCUGUUUAAAUGCAGAGGGACUGUGCAAUCCUAGAUUUUUCAAAAACAAUGCUGCUUAUAUUAAAUCUAGAAUUCCACUCUUUGUUACCAGCUUUCUGGACAGGUCCUUCAGGACUAAGGAAGUGAGCUAUGAAUGGGGAAGAGAAAUUGCAUUGCCUUAACUAAAGUACAUAUGCUUUUAAUUUAUUUUGAAGGUGGGAAAUCGCCAUCUUUUUAGGAAGUUUCUAAAUACAUAGGCAGAGCUAUAUAUUAGUAAUCUGUAAUUAUGCCUGUCGUGCUACAAUAUUGGGGAUGAUAGUGUUCAGAAUGUAAUCAGGUGGUGAUCACUGAAAUGAACAUUUUGUAGAUUGUAUUGCUAUGGAGGAAGCAAUGAAUUUUGGUUGAACGAGUUGCCUUUUACGAUGCAAAGGAACCAGCUAUUUAAAGUAACUUGCUAUUACUACUGUACACCAGUAGUAUAUAUGCAAAUCAAAAUAGAGAGUGGACCACAUUUUUCAGAGUGAUUUCAAUUUAGGUUUGAGAUGCACCUGGCAAAAUUGACCGAGUUCAACAAACUAUUACUUCCCAACUCUGGCACCUGCAUCAAUGAAAACUUUUCAAUCUACCUACAAUUUCUGUAACACUGACAUGGCGUAAAACUGAACUACAUUUUCAGACUAGCAAUAAAUAUUUAGUCAAUAAUUUAUAAUGGUAGAAAUGCAUAAAUAUUGAAACUGGAUACCAAGUCAUUUGUACAGAAUACAAAUAUGUUCAUGAACAGAUUGCAGGUCCUUUAUACUAAAAUGUUAAGCCAGUAUUCACAGGGUUAAAUUGUAUGCAGGUUAAUUCAUUCAUAUAUCAGGGACUUUGAAGAAAAUUUGUUUAUGAGCCUUCAACUUUUUCCCCAGUGGAAAUGAGUGAAUUUUUUACUACAUGAAAGCAAGUACAAUGACACUCCAGUACUGAAACUCAUUAAAAUUGAGUGUUUGAUACUAUCUAAGAAAUACAGUAAAAUAGGGAAACCUAAUGGCAAUUUCUGACGAUUGGAAUCUGAAUACCUAAAUCUUUUUUGGUUGGUGGGAUGAAAGGAAGUUUUUUGUAAAUUAUCUGACCAACCAAAUUCUGAUAGUAGCUCGAAGUCCAAAUCAAUGCAAUUCUAAACGUUGGUUGUCACUUAGCUACAAUUCAGCAAGAGGCCAAAAAUACACAAGCUGUCAAGAAUCUGGUACACGUUUAACAGAUCAAACCUUCAUCAACCAGGAUAUAACCUACCUCCAAACAACUUGUAUAAUGUCAGACCUUAAGAGGUAUUCGUCACUUGCAUACAUGCUUCUAAAAUGUAUUUGGAGCAGCUUUAAAGAAACAAAUAGAUUUUUAAAUCCCCACAAUGAGGGUUCAGGAAAGGUGGAUGAAGCUUUAAAUUAUAGCAUUGAGUGCAUGUUUGCUUAUUGGCCCUUGUGUCAGUAACUUAAGCACUAGCACAAUUUAAUCAGAUGUUGUAUGUGGGUUUUACUUGUUAGGACAUUUGGUUUCAUUUUUAUAAUGAAACAAUCUGCAGAAGUAUGGGUACAGAUAUACUGCCAUAUUCACUUUGCAAAACAAUUUCAGGUGCUUGGUAAUAUGAAAGUUAUUUAUAAUUUAGAUGUCGGAUCCUGGUCAAAUCCUCAACGCAUGAGAUAUGAAACCUCCUACCGGAGUCAUCACGCCAGUAUAAGUUUGCUUUGGGUGCCAUUCAACUCUAGGCCAGUAUAAAGCACUAUUUUAAAAGACCAUUGUAACUGCUUUUUAAUACACUGCAUCAAGUCUUUAGAUAAAGCAACACUGUCAUGUGUGUUCUAAGAACAAAAUGAUGGUGGAAAGAGCAAAUUUUUGCACACAUGUCAAAGCAUGCAUGCAGCAGAAUGUCAUUGAUACUCACCUGAGAUUAGUCCACAACAUAAGCAUCUGACGUUACCUGUCUCCAAUUGGUAGCUGCAGUUUCAAUAUUGUAUAUUUGUCUGCAUAUCUCCUGUUCAGAAAUGUUACAUUUAAACUUUAUUUUACAUCAGCUUGGACCAUGGAACGUUAAGUCACAUAGUAAAACAGUGAAAUCCAGUUACCAUUUGCUCAUUUUUUAAAAGGCAGGAGUAAAUGUAAGUUGUUUUUUUUUUUGGUUGAAAUGUUACUUGAAGCUUUGGCCCUUCAAAUUUAUUUCAAUACAAUAUUCUUAACAGUAACUCAGGCAGGAUUAUUUUUAUGUAUUCAAAUGAAGUGCUUACCAGCUAUGUAACCUUCAGUGGUUUUUAAUUUAAACAUAACUUGAGUAUUUGUGUUAAUGAAACACUUUGGGCGGAAUUUAAUGUAGGCGAUGGGGAUCUCAUCCGCUGGCUGGAGACCUGUCAUGAUCCCCACAUCGCCUCUUUAGGGAAGGCCUGCCAUAUUAAGUUUUAAUCGGGCGGGCCUUCUUCAGAAUCAAGGAGGGGCAGAAGUCCCCCCUACCAAUCAGAGGUCAGCAGCUCUUCAUCAUUGCUCGGCAGCACCACCAGAGAGGAGGUGGCUGCUGCCAGUAAUAAGGCCUAGAAUCACUGAGGGACCCAAGCCACAGGUGAAUGAUUGUGGGAGGGGGAUUGCAGGGUGGGAGUCAUGAGGAAACGGGUGUAGGGGAGUUGGCAGUAAAGGCAGGGGUUGACUCUAAGUGGACCUCUCCUUUCCAAUGCUGAGUCCCUCAAUCAGGCUCUAAGUACCUUUGAAUGUGGGACCUCCUCCCCCUCCCCUUCCCCGGAAGCCCACAAGCAAUCCUGAUAGAGUUUGCUUUUCAGGCUUCCCGCAUGCUGAGUCACCCACCAGCCACUGGGUGAAUACCAGCGACAGGAGAUGAGGUCCUUAAGUGGGCAUUAAUUGUCCACUUAGGUGUUCAAUUGGCAUCCAUGAGCCUUUCUGCCACUGGGGCAGAGUCCAGAAGGCACUGGGGUCUCCACUCGCCACCCUCCCAGCAGAUACAAUGUCCCCCCACAUCAAACUUGCCAUUGGUGAGGGCAUUAAAUUUUACUCUGAUUUCUUCCCAAGUAUGCUGUGUAUGGCAUAUUAUGAUGCAAUUUUUAUUUUAAAUGCUAAUAUGCAAUAUAUCUUUCACACUCAAACCCAGAUCUCAAAAUUAUUCAAAUUUUUAAGUGUAAUGUUUAAUAAUUUGCUUAGAACUCAAGAACUGUGUUUACUAAUUUCACAGUGGAAAAUUAACACUCUGCUUGCUUUCAUCAUAUUUGUAUUUUUUCUUCCUACCUGCCGCAUGUUUUCCUGUAGUGAUUCCUGCAAGCCCAGGAGAAGGGAGAAAGGGGGAAGGGAGUCAUUUCAUAAUCUUGAUUAAUAUUUAUUCUGCUUCUGUGCAAUUUAUUUUUAUUUUAAUAAUCACAUUGCUUAUUGAUUUUUAAAAAAAAAUGAUCAUCCUGACUAUGCUAUCAAUUUUAUUAUUUGUAAAUGCAGCCAGACGUCCUAUUGCAGUUGAAACUAUAAUUUUUAAUUUUAAUAGUUUUGGUGUAAGUUUGUCAACUAUAGUACUUUGACUCUGCUGCUGCCACUCCUUUUCCUUUAUUAUACAUUAGCUUAAAAUGUGCAUUGUACAAAUGGCAUUCAACUAAAUUUGUUUCUAAGAUGCAAUGUAUAUUCUAAUCUAUCAAGAGUAAAGCAAGAUUUUAAUGGUACAGUUUAAUUCUUCAAAUAUAUUGGGAUUGAAGUUGAUACCUACUGCAGGCCAGUCACUUAUAAUCAAUAGCUUAACACUAUAUAGUACUUGAAAUAGGUUUAUGGUGUUCAUUAUAUGAAUUUAAAAAUAUGUGUUAAAUGAUAUUCAGUUCUAGACCAGGAGCAGUUUGUAGGUCAAAUACUCAUAUGCAUAUUGAGACUAAUUUUAUAAACAAUGCUGCAGAACAAAAGUUUACCUAGUUAUCUGUCUCAUUUGGAUGUGCAAGUAAAAAUUGAGCAGAAAGAUUAUGCAGAUAAUCUAGUCAGUAUUUUUAAUUUUUUGCCAAGAAUAUUAUUGGCUAUUUUCGUAAAACAAUAUUAUUUCUGCAUUAAAUUGUUUUCAGGUUAACAAUUGAGUUGGUGUUUUUGAUAGGAUUCAACCUUUUUUAAAUAAAGUGGAUGGAAAAGCAUUAUUUCUAAAGGUAUAGCUUUUUUGCAGUCUAUGCAAUAAAGUUAACAGCAGUAAAGUGUGCCAAAAUGGCUUAGGAUUAGUUUAUAAUAACUUCUGGCCAAUUUUAAUGGGUUAGUUUUUUUAUUCUAAAAAAGAACUGACUUGAAUUUGUAUAGAUCCUUUCACAACCUCAGGCUGUCCCAAAAUUUGUUACAGCUAAUUAAAUACUUUUUGAAACGUAGUUGCUAUUGCAAUGUAUGAAACAUGAAACCUAAUUUGCACACAAGAUCCCACAAACAGCAAUGAGAAUUUUUUUCUUAAUCUAUUCACAGGAUGUGGAUAUUGCUGGAAAAUCAGCAUUUAUUGCUCAUCUCUAGUUACCCCAAGAAGGAGGAGGUGAAUGUUGGGUAGAGUUGCAGGAUUUGGACCAAGUGAAAUAAAUGACCAGAUGAUUAUUUUAUUAUUGUUGUUUGAAGAUGAAGCUCCUCUGCUGUUCAAAUAGUGCCAUAGUUUACAUACACCUGAGAAGGCAGACUGGGCUUUAAAAUCUCAUCUGAAAGACUGUGUACCUCCCAACUGUCAGCAUAGUUGCAUAUUUAAAUCUUGUGAGGUGGUACUUGAACUUCCUAACUCUGAGGUCAGAGUGCUACCACUGAGCUAAGGUUAACAUCUAAAUCUUGUAAUUAGUUUAAUGUUAUUUUGGCAAGUUUAGGCAAAAACAGUAAAUUUUUAGGUGAAUAUUAGGUAAGGUAGAUGCUCAGUCUGAGUGUACUGCCUGGAAAACUUUAUUUAUAUUGCCCUGAUUGAGUAUUUCUGUAGAGUGAAUGAAACUGCUUUUUGAAUGUUUGGGAAUUAAUUAUUUUCUAUGGAAGUGGGAAGCCCUUGCCCCCAUUGGAACAUGGUUCUAGUAAAUCUGAGACACGGGAGAAGUCAGAAAUGCCAUUGUCACAUAUUUAAUAAUGUAUUUUCAAAGAUAAAUAAGUUAUGCCCUGACUCUUUAUAAUUGAGUAGAAUUCACAUCUUGCAUUAGCAAGAUUUUAUUGUAUUAAGUUUUAAAUAUUAAAUGAGAUUGUGUCCUUUAUGCUGUAGCUAUAUUUCCAGUGUAUUGUGGUGCAGAAAUUGUGCUGUUUAACAGCUUAUAUAACACUAAGUACUUAAAUUCUCUUUCUAAAUGGAAAAAAUGCUGAUAUAUGAACACUGGGGAAUGUGAAAGGGAUUUUGAGUGCCUUGUAGAUAAGGAAACUGUAAAGUCGAAAUGGCAAAUACUUUAUAUUGUUACAAAACCAUCAUAUUGUAAAAACAGUUAAGUAGAGGAAAUAUUUUAUUUCAGAGCUUGCUACACAAGUGCUAUUUCAAGUACAAAUUAAAGGACUGCUACCCUGGGAUCAUUGUAUUGGUCGUUUUGCAUGUUCCAGAAACGUGAGUGGAUAAAUGCAAAAUAGAAUUUGCUUUUGUCUUACUGAAAACUUGAAGAUCACAAUUUUUCAUGUAUCCAGGGAACGAUAUGUAUUACCCAAUGGUUUUUUAGCUAUUCCAUUUUUGUGAACAAUUUAGCACCCUCUCAUUAGUUGCGAUUUAGUUUAAAUUACCAUUUGUGAAAUGGUUUGCCAUAGCUUUAAUAUUAUGCCUUUUUUUGUGCACAACCAUAUUCCUUAGUUCUAAAGUCAGUAUGACUAACAUACCUUAUUGAGCAUUUAAGUAAAUUGAUCACCUUUAUCAUGUUAACUUUCUUUGCUGCCCCAUACUUUUCUUCUGGAGAGAGUCCUAUCUCCCAUUGUGCUUGAAAAUUGAUAAUUUGAUUGUCUGGGAUGGAUCUGAAGACUUUGUUUUUCAAGUCUUGUUACUAAAAUAUGAUCAUUAAAAUAAGCAUACUAUUUCCACAUAUCUUGUUGAACUCAAUCAAAACUGGAUUGAUUUUUUUUCACUCAUUCAUAGAAAAUGGACAAAUAAUAUCCACAAGCAACUCAAUUUUAAAAAAAAGUUUUAAUGCUUAAAAAAAAGUGACAUUGGCACCAUAAUUAAUUGGAAUCUAACAUCAUCAGAGUAAGACAUGAAUUAUUCAAAAUCCUAAUGGGAACAAUGAGAGCAAAAUCAAAUGGUUAAUGGGUACAACUACUAAACUUAGUGUUAUUUCUUAGUUAUUCACUACUGCAAUUAAUGUAAUUGUGGCUGAAUUGUAUAAAUAAACCUGUUUUUUUAUAUAGCUGGCUAAAUUUCAAUGUACAUUUUCAGGGAAGUUGAAUCAUAUUUCAGUGUUCCAGAGAAUUUAUGAAUGCUUUAAUCUAUAUAAGGGGCCUCAUUGUAGUUUUAAUUUUGAUUGAGGUAUGUUGACAAUAAAAAAUGUGUGCACAAAUGAUGAACUUUUACAAAUACUUUGUCUUUAAAGUCUAAAUGUUGAGUGAAAUGUAUAAUAAAUAAUAUCUAGUCACUGUAGAAUUGAAGAUAUUUUUAAAUUGGAGGGUUAGGGUGUUCAUGUAAACAACAGAACAAUAUUGAGAAGCUCUUGCCAGUAUCGUUUCAGUUUUGACAUAUGACCACCACUUUCUCAGGACAGAAUUGUUUAAUUGCUCUCUUCAAAAAGGUGUUUUUGACAUUGUACAAGGUAAAGAAAUAUUGUUAGUUUACACUCUUUAACUGUACCUCAUUUUGGGCCAUUCUACUUUGAUAAGUGAGAUGCAGGAUGAAAAAUGAAGAGGCAUAUUGCUUAUUUACCAUCCUGAGCUAUAAUUCAAAAUCAAAAUGCUUCUGAAGCUUAUCCAAGAUGUAAUCUGCAUCUUGCAGUGUUGUCAUAUUAAGGAUGACAUGAAUGCCAUGUUAAUAGAUCUUGCAUUCAAACGAAAAAUCCAAACACAUUUUGAACUAUAGGCAAAAGCUAAGAAAUGAAGAACAAUACAGGUGUUUUGGAAUUUACCAUUUGCAGCAACUGUUCACACAGAAUCCUGUACUGCCUCGAUGCUUUAAUAGUCAGAUGUGUUUUAAAAGUCUCAUGUGCUCCUUAAAUAUUGUUAUUGGAUAUGAGUUACAGAUAUUGAGUUGUCAAUUAAUAAUGGACAAAUUUAAUACAUCUACACUUUGUUUGUAAUUGUAUAAUUGGCAGGGCCAAUACAAAUUUGUCAUGGAAACCUU